GCCUGACCGACAAUUGAACCUCCUCCCACAAUCGUGGGAAGUCGGGGAUUAUGCUGUGUCGAUGCUGUGACAUCAUCUAAAUUCGAGACUCCCGCUCUUCCGAGUACUUGACAUCCGAUGAACAUCCGCUCAGUAGCUUUAAGGACGGCUGCCCGCAAUUAUGUUGAUUAUAGCUCUUCCUCUCAAUUAUUUCUACACACACCACUACUUUGAUCGUUAAUCGCUUUAUCAUAAUCAUGCUCGGGAACUUUACAAAGAAUAUCGUCAACUCAUUAUUGCACUCAGGCGAGGAGGGCGAGUAUGAGGUUCUGGAUAGACAAAAGGUAGGUCGUCAUAUGUUCGGCGGUCGCAAUAUUCUCAUAUUCCGUUGUGCCUAGUCUCACAAUCAGUCUGGUGGCGCCCACAUUCGUCCUGACAUUGAUAGUCACUGGGCGUCUGCCAUGGCAGACAUAACUCAAGUUUCAGGUUGUAGCUGUAUUUGGUGUAGGAGAAAUAGUGAAUUGGACGGAGACUCGAAGGUGGAAAGGGGACAACCGAGUCGAUCUCCACAUCCUCGCAUCUGCCCACCGAAGGUGCGCGAUUCGCCAAUGGCUACAACAAAUGGGAUUUUGGAGGUGCUGUAUCCUCCAUCAUAUCUUAGCACCCCUCCGGUUCUCGACCCUGAGGCUAGUCCUCCCGCUUACGAGCUGCCACCUACAGUACCUCCAAAUACUCCGCGAGUCCAACCACCCCUGCUUUCUUCCCGGCAGGGGGGUGACCUCAUCCCUUAUACCCCUCGUAUUCCGCAACUCGCUCCUGAAGGUGUCCCCACUCCUUCCACGGAGCCUACGUCAUCAUGUCACUUGUCCGAUUCUCCUCCUGACGCUGUCGUUCCAAGCUCACGGUUUCCUCAUCGUCGACCGUUAACACAGACUGCGCGACAACCAAUCGCUGGCCUUGGAUUUGAGUUUCAUACAGAAGCUGAUAAUGUUGAGCCUCCGGCAUACUGUCGGCUCGAUUCUUCAUGGCUGCGGUUCCCAGCUGCUUCUGACACGCUGGGACCAUACCCGCAUAUCUCGAUUCUUUCCCCGAAUCUAGGGUGAUUUAUGGGGGGUUGCCUAUUACGUUGUGCUAGCACGAAGACUUGUAUAAUCUUGAUGUAUCAAAAACAUAUCCGAUGUAUCCAUUACUCUGCAAUGCUAUGUAGGACGUUGAAACGUUGACCCCUA